AUGUCAGAUAAAGCGGAGGUGAACCUGAGUGGAGUCAAGCAGAGUAAAGGAGUGUGGCUCGUCAAGGUUCCCAAGUAUUUAUCUCAGCAGUGGGGCAAGGCCACAGAUGUUGGAAAGAUUAUCAUUGGAAAGAAACAAGGAAAAACGGAGGUGCGUUUCAGCCUGAGCGCGGAGCUGAGCUCCCUGCAGACUGCUGUGGGGGAGAAGGACGGAUCACUGCAGAUCCCGAGGGAUCAUCCCUUCACCAUGCACCCAGUGGGUGGACAGACCAUGGCUGUUUUCAGCCAGAGCAGCACAGAUGGAAUCAGUCUGGAGGGCAUGGUGGUGCACAGAGCUGAAUGCAGGCCAGUCGUCAAUGACAACUACAUGAAGCUGAAGAAGUUGCAGCUCAAAGAGUCCACCAAGCCUCAGCGUUUAUCACAGAAGCUCGAGAAAGCCAUCACCACUGUCUUCAAGCCUGUGGCCAACCACGAUUUCAAUUUGGAGUAUGAGAAGAAGAAGAAGUCGGAGGGGAAGAUGGUGAGAGCAGAGCGACAGGUCGUGUUGGACAUGCUCUUCUCCGCCUUCGAGAGGCACCAGUACUACAACAUUAAGGACCUGGUGGACAUCACCAGACAACCUGUGACGUACCUGAAAGAGAUCAUGAGAGAAAUUGGGACGUACAACAGCAAGGGAGCCCACAAAAGCACCUGGGAGCUGAAGCCGGAGUACCGACACUACCAGUCGGCCGAGGAAGAGGAGACGGAGGCCGCCUAG